AUGACUAAUAAUUCAUCGGUUGGUGGUGCAUACUUGCAGCGUCAGAUCAAUGGCCAGGUCAUUAUAGUGCAGCUUCUGGUGGUAAUCUUCCUUUGCAUCAACUUGUUGCUCAUUUUAACCUUUUUUUCAAAGGAUUUCUUUUACACAACCAUGCGCUACAUCUUAUUUGCUGUUACACUGCUGUCUGAUAGUUUGAUAUUAAUCAUAUCUGAUAUACUGCUCAUUUUGAGCUAUUUUCGUUUUACCAUGCAGAUUGGCAUGUGUGUCAUUAUGUCUAUUGUUGUGAUUCUUUACACUUUUGUCACACCAGUUACUCUGACAGCAAUGACCCUGGAGCGCUUUGUGGCCAUUUGCAUGCCCCUGCGGCAUGCAGAGCUCUGCUCCACACGCAGCGCUCUGCAGUGCAUCCUCAUCAUUCACAGCCUCAGCUCUAUACCCUGUAUUUUUAUUCACUCCUUCUUCUUUGCAUCUGCUACCCACAGCUUCUACACCCAUGACAAAAUAUGUUCUGUGGAGAUGUUCAUCUUGCGUAGUUGGCACAGUCAUGUUAGGUCAGCUAUAAGUCAGUUCUACUUCUUGAUCAUGUGCAUUACCAUUGUUUUCUCUUAUGUUAAAAUAAUGAAAGUGGCCAAAGCUGCAUCAGGAGAGAACAAAAAGUCAACAUGGAAAGGGCUCAGGACGGUGGUUCUUCAUGCUUUCCAGCUGCUCCUCUGUCUCAUCCAGCUGUGGCGCCCUUUCAUAGAAUCUGCUGUGCUUCAGAUUGAUUUAAUGUUGUUCAUCAAUAUCAGAUACUUUAACUACAUUACUUUUUAUCUUGCUCCGAGAUGUCUGAGUCCUCUCAUUUAUGGCCUCAGGGAUGAAAUGUUCUUUCAUGCACUGAAAUACUAUGCUCUCUGUGGCCUGUAUAAGAAACAAUCAUCAGAUUUAUCUUGCUUGACAAAUUAA